CGCACACGGAGGUGCUGCACUGACCCAGGGCUGAGCUCAGCCAUGUGCUUUUCCAAAAUGUCCAGCUCUUAAUCAAAAUUGCUGAUUCACAUCAACAUGACCUUUUGAACCAACUCUGCGUACCUGCAUUUAAUAUGAACAAUACCCACAAACCACCAGCAGCGCAGAGAGACAGAGAUGAAAAAGGGCACCCUUGGACAAAGUUGUCCCUGCAAGAUCUGAGGAGGCGGCCUUUUCCGCUCUUUCUUUUGGAGUUUGUGACGCUGACAACAUGCAGGAGAAUCGCAUUUCCCGUUGGUACUUUGGUGGAGUUUCCUCCAGCGCAGCUGCCUGCUUAACACACCCACUAGAUUUGAUUAAGGUGCACUUACAAACGCAGCAGGAGGUGAGGAUGAAGAUGAUCGGGAUGACGUUGAACGUCGUGAGGAAAGAAGGUUACCUGGCACUCUACAGUGGCCUCAGCGCCUCCCUCGGCCGGCAGAUGACAUAUUCUUUGGCACGGUUUGGCAUUUAUGAGACAGUCAGGGACAGGGUGGCAAGAAAUAACAAAGGUCCCAUGCCUUUCUACCAAAAAGUCCUGCUUGGUGCCUUUGGAGGUUUAACGGGCGGUUUCAUAGGGACCCCAGCUGACCUGGUGAAUGUUCGAAUGCAGAAUGACGUCAAGCUGCCGGUGGAGCUCAGAAGAAAUUAUGCUCAUGUGUUUGAUGGACUAUUACGUGUGAUGAGGGAAGAGGGAAUGAGAAAGCUUUUCUCUGGAGCGACGAUGGCCUCUACUAGAGGUGCACUGGUCUCUGUCGGACAGCUCGCCUGUUACGACCAGUCCAAACAGCUGGUUCUGGCCACCGGCUACCUGACGGACAACAUCCUCACUCACUUCCUGGCCAGCGUGUUUGCAGGCGGCUGUGCCACAAUCUUGUGCCAACCACUUGAUGUUGUCAAAACAAGAUUAAUGAACUCAAAAUUGGAAUAUCGGAGCGUGCUUCACUGCCUUUCGGAAACGGCGAAGCUCGGCCCGAAGGCCUUCUACAAGGGGCUUGUUCCCGCAGCCAUUCGUCUCAUCCCACACACGGUCCUCACCUUCAUCUUCCUGGAGCAGCUGAGGCAGCACUUCGGAGAGGUGAUCGUCACCUAAGAACAUCAGCCGAAGGUCAUGCUUGGCGAGCGAUGGCUGCUUUCCUUCCAUCUCGGGCAGCACGGUCUGCUCUUACUAAGUACCCAUGUCUACGGUCUAAUAGAACCAAGAGGAAAUGAAAGAAGACGUGUCAGAGUUUAUUUAUCCAUAACAGAAAGUGAAAGUGUCUCGUGUUAAUAUUCAGUGAUAUUCCAGGCAACCAACCGGAAUUAAAUAUACAUAUAUUUUUAGUGCGUGUCUCAUAGGAUUACAGGAUCACUUGAAUCAUUCAACCUUGUGGCAUUAACCCUGUCAUGAACUGUACGACGGCUGUGGUUUCUCAAAUAAAAACUGUGAUUCAA